CUUCCACGCCGGUGCUGUGAUUAUGGCGGGAAAAUUGUAUAGGUUAUGUUCUUGACUCUGAAGCUAAUGUUCGUGUUAGCGUUGCGGUUCAGGUAUCGACAAAGAAUUCUACAUUUGUUCUCAAGAUGUAGAUGGCGUCUGAUUUGUGGCUGAAAAAUGGUUGGCCUGGGUGACUUCUAUCCAUUCAGAAAAAAAUCGUUCUUCAC